UAGAGAAGGAAUUGAGCCGCUUGCUCCAUCGUUUGUCUUGUUUGGAUGGAGUCACUGCUCUGAUUGUCAUUGACGGGGCCUUUUGUGUAACUGUUGGAACAAUCAAAGGAUACACUCUCUAUUGUCAUUCACUGCACGAUAGCGACUAUUCAGCAUAAACCGUGUUGUGCCCAUCAAGCAGCUCUAUUCAGCACUUGGUCUAUCAAGUGCUCAUGGGCCCUUCCUGCUAACUAUCCCUACCACUUCCACGUCUCUCCUACAGCAUUUGGAGCCUAAGCACACGCUCCUCUCACGCGAUCAGCCAUCUUGAGUUGCUCGAGCGGCAGACACGCUCACAAGAUUCAAGAUGGCCGGGCACAAAGUCGACUCCUACUCAUCUCCGUCCCGGAUGCCGGACAGUCCCUCCAGACAGCUCAUGUUCGAGCUGGUCAGGGACCUCGAGCAGAUCCGGCUCACCAGCAUCGAGAUGAAGAAAGUCAAGGCCUACGAGCGGAAGUCUUUUUACGAGAGUCUCGAUCUCAUCGAUCAGGAACGCAAGAAGAAGGACGAUGCAGCUCUCGACGCGGUAGCCGCUUUUCACGACCAGGUGCGGCACGAGGCCGAAGAUACACUGCAGGACUACUUCAGACAGGUCGAGGAAGAACGGCUGCGGCAAGAAGAGGAGACGCGCAAGGAAAAAGAACGCAUUGAACGAGAGAAGGCGGAGAAACUUCGUCGCGAACAGGAAGAAGCUGCUCGCCUAGAGGCAGAGAGACGAGCGCGGGAGGAGGAAGAGAGGCGGAAGGCCGAAGAAGCCGAAAAGGCGAGAAAAGCAGCCGAGGAAGAGAAACAACGCAAAGAACGUGAACGGCUAGAAGAAGAGAAGCGAAAGCAGGAUGCGCAACGGCGCGAAGCCGAGGAGGAGGCUGCCCGCCAGCGGGCUGAAGCUGGACAACAGAGCCAACUCGAACGGCUGAAGAAGCUGGGUGCUUCGCGUCAAAGCGAAGAGGAGGUCAAUGUCCACAUGCGGUAUCUGGAAUUGCAUCAGCAUCUUAAGAAGUUCCGCAAGUGGCUCCGAGAUGAGGCAAAGAACAAUCCCGUCGUCAAGCAGAACAUGGGAGACAUGCGCCGCACAAUUAAAAAGUGCGUGGGCCAGCUGCGAGAGGGCAAAGGCGCCAAUCGUACACAGAUUCAAGAAAUUCGAACCGUAUUCGAAAAGGCAGCCGCCAUAUCAGAACCCUCUGUCGAUGUUCGCCAGUUUUUCGCAUUCCCACCAGAGCACAUUGCCAAGGCGGAAGACAGCAAGGUGCCGGCGCUACUCAUCUAUAUGUUCAACAUUCUCUCCAAAGCUCUGAUCUCAUCCCUCAUCAACGAGGCAGGCAUCAGCCCCAAAUAUGCCGAACCCAUCGGCAUCGUGGCCGCUCAGAUCUUUUCCACAGAGGCCUUUGUUUACAAGGGAUGUGCACUGGUCGAUAUCCUCUGGGCCAAGUACCGCGUGGUCUGCCCGGCAUUGUGGGCAUUCUACGGCGACGAGAAAACAGUCGCUGGAAAGGUUGCGAUCGGAUGGUGGCGCCAGGAGGCUGGGGGCCCUUUCGUCGACGAGCAGACACAUGUAGACCGCAUGACCGGCCUGGGUGCUGGCUUUGCGGCUCUGACAUUGCGAAAUUUCGGAAAGACGCCUCGCAAGAACCCUUUCCCCAACACUAUAUUCUGGCAUAUCAUGCACAAAAUACUCACCAUUCCGCCAGAGGAGAUCCAAGAGACACAUCUGAUUCUCCUGACCGCGAUGCUGCGGUCUUCAGCGGAUAGGAUCGUCGGAUUCUUCGGUCACGUGGGUCUUGCCCUCCUAAGGACCGCCAUCGUCGACCUUCCCAGCAAAGUCCCCAAGCAGUCGAUGGCACUCAAUGGACUCAAGUUACUACGGGAACUCUACCUGCGAGAGAGGCACAUCCUCAUCUAAGAUCCCAAAAGUUGUGGAGUCACAGCAAACACUUCCACCUCAAUUUUUUUUCUUUCUUGUUUUCUCACCAUGUAUGUGCAUAUAUCCAAGGAGUUGGAGAACAGUGUGAUGAUCAGGACGGGAAGA